AGAUAUAAAAAUUAAUAUAAUUUAAUUAUGACUACAAACAUAAGUUGUCUUAACUUCUACAAAGGAAAAUCUUUGUUAAUAUCUGGUUGUACCGGCUUUGUAGCCAAAGUUAUAUUAGAAAAAAUUUUAAGAGUAUUGGAAGUUAAGAGAGUUUAUGUUUUGGUAAGAGCCAAGAAAGGUUAAUCAGUGGCUGAAAGAUUCAAUAAAGAGAUUAUCAAUUCCCAAUGUUUUGACAGAAUUCGUAAAAUAAAAGGACCAGAUUUUACUAAAUUCAUUGAGGAAGUUGUUAAACCAGUUGAUGGAGAUCUAAUUAAGCCUCAUUUGGGACUUAGUAAAGAAAUUACAUAGGAGCUCAUAGAAAAUGUCAAUAUAAUCAUAAAUAGUGCUGCCAGUGUUGAUUUUAAUUCCCCUAUAAAGGUUGCCUUAGAAAUCAAUUAUUAUGGAGUACAAAAAGUAUUAGAGUUAGCAAAAUAAUGUAAAUAUUUAGAAAAUUUUAUCCAUGUGUCAACCGCCUAUGUUAAUAGUGAUAAAUUUGGGUAUAAAUCAUUAUUCAAUUUUAAAGGUUUAUAGAAGAGAAGAUUUAUCAUCCAUAAAAGGAUGUAGAAUCCUUUGUUUCUAUACUUUAUAGAUCAUCAUAAAAUUUUGACGAAAAAUAAUAAAAAGUGGCUUUAGACAAAUUUCCAAAUACAUAUACAUUCACAAAGAAUUUAGCAGAAUAAAUGUUAGCAUAAUUGAGACCUCCAAAUAUGUAAAUAACUAUAGUCAGACCUACUAUAGUAGGAUGUUCAUUUAGAGAUCCUAUUCCUGGCUGGGUAAAAAAGAUUGUUAUUAAAGAUUGAUAACUUAGUUGGAGGUGCAGCUGUAAUAUUUUUUGCAGGGAUAGGAUUAGUCAAAAUAUAUAAAGGAAAAGAGAAUUUAAUUACAGAUUAAGUUCCAGUUGAUUUUGUAUCUGAUAUGAUUCUGGUAGCAGGAGCCUAUGAAGCAAAUAAAAAUAAUUUCUAAAUUUAUCACUGUGGUACUAGUGCUAGAAAUCCUGCUCCAUGGAAAUUAACUAAAGAUACAUGUUUUGAAUAUUGGAAUGCUAAUCCACCAAGUGUGAAAGUCUCACCAUGUACUAUUGAGAUUAACAAUAAUCUAUGUUAUUAUAGAUAUAUGAAUUUCAAAAGAAAAAUGGGGGCAUUAGCUUUGAAAACUUUUGCUGAUACAUUUGGCAAUUCAACUUAAAAAAAAAAUGCUAAUCGAUAUGUCAAGGUUAUUGAAAAAGCUGAUACAAUUAAUAAGACCUUUAAACAUUUUAAUAGGAAUGAAUGGGUGUUUUCUUAAGAAAAUGUUUUACAAUUAAUGAAUUGUUUAUCAAGAGAUGAAUAGGGGAUAUUUUUAUUAGAUGUGACUGAAAUGGAAUGGAGGUAUUAAUUUAUAAUAAAAUUCAUAGAUCUUACAUGAUGACCUUCCAUUAUGGAUUAUAGAAAUUCAUUCUAAAAGAAAAUGUAUAACCACCUGUAGAUGAAGAACCAACAGAUUUAUUAAGAUCUUGGAAGAGUGGAAACUUCACUGACUUAAAAUGGAUUGUAGAAAAGUAAAAACUUCCUGUAGAAAAUAAAAAUUAUACAAUGAAUGGUUUAUUUAAUAGGUAGAGAGCUAAAUUGUGAAAUAA